AUGCCAGCCACUCGUUCAUCCAGACGAGCGCAGAGCCGCGAACCGCUCACGUCCCACCCCAUAAAUGCAGGAGCUUCUAGCCCAGACAUCAUCAUAUUGUCAUCCGACGACGAACUUGCUAUUCCCAAGCAGAAUCGUUUGACCCCGAAGAAGAGCAAGCAGCGCGUGCGGUCGAAACCGCGAAUCUCGGCUGAUGUUAUUGUUCUGUCUGACGAUGAGGGGCCCGAGGCUUCGACGUCGACUGUUCCGCGCGGCACCACACCAAGCUUGCGGCAGCAACUGAAGGAGGCCAAGGAGAUGAUAGCCAGGCUUGAAGCCGAAGCCCGUGCUUGGGAGCAGAAGGAUAAAGCGUCUCAAGGCUUGCUGCCUGCACUAGACGAACACGUCAACUGUGAAGUAUGCACCCUGAAGAUGUGGACUCCUGCAACUCUCGCAUGUGGCCACACUUUCUGCCAGUCCUGUCUUCAAGAUUGGUUUACCACGGCGCUCACGCAACACAUGGCCGCAAACCCUGACUACGACGCGCAGCCCGCAAUCAUCCAACAAUACAAAGCCGCACUCCAGAACCCAAAUACCACCUCGCAAGCACGCCGCCAGCUGGCGAACCACAUCAAUGAACUCUUGGAGCACAUUCCUCAGCCACAGUACACUUGCCCUUCGUGUCGAGCCCCUGUGAAAAGCAAGCCCAUCGAGGUUUUCAGACUCAAGCAUAUUACACGUACUGUCGCUGCUGCAACGGGCGAGACCAGUCCGAAGAAGGCUGCGCCUGCGAGGACUACAAGGGGUGUUGCCAACCGUCGUGCUGCAGCCGAUGGUCCUUGGGAUGGAUUCUUCCCGUGGACGCCAUGA